AUAAAGAACAUGCAAGAUACCGUACGGUACGGCUUCCACAAACGGACAAGAAAAUACGAGUACGUACAUACGUACGUACCGCUACGUUGUGCACAGAAACAAAAAUCCAAAUUGCAUCAACGUGAAUCCAAUCACAUUGCACGGUACGUACUCGAACUCGUACAACACCAAGCACAACUAAGGAACACGACGACAGCACAGCACGGCAAGGCACGCCACGGACCAAGCAGGCAACACCGAAUGAAGGCCCUCCCGCUCUUCCUCCUGGGCCUCGGAUCGACCCCCCCCGGCCGUCCCCCCCCGGAAGCCCCCGUGGAAACCAGGCUCUCCCCCCCGAAGGGCUACGGCGUCUUUGCCACCGGGCCCAUCGCCAACGGAACGGUCGUCUGCGGCUACGAGGGGGACCUCCUGACCCUUGCCGAGCAGGAGGCCCGGUACCCCGACUCCUGGCCGGACUACUGCCUCCGACUCUCGCCGGAGCUGAGCAUCGACGCCGAGCGGUCGGGCCACUGGUCCCGGUUCGUCAACCACGACGAAAGGCCCAACCUGGUGGUGGAAACCAGCCUCGCCCCGGAGCCCUCCGCCCGGUUCCGGGCGAUCCGGGACAUUGCGGCCGGCGAGGAGCUCUGCUUCGACUACGGGCCGGUGUACUUUUACGCGAGGGGGAUCACCCCGGCGCCCGGGACGGAGUCCCGGACCGUCUCGCUGGCCCCUCGGCCCGUGGACGAGGCCGCCGUGGAGGAGGAGCGGGCCUGGGCCGCCUCGGGCCUGCCGGACGCCCCGGCGACGGUCGACGAGAUCGGAAGGGUCCUCUCCUCCGCGGCGGUUUCCGAAGGGGCGAAGAAGGCCGCCCUGGCGAGGGCGCUGGACUACUUUGGGGCGAUCGAGUGGAUCGACGAGGACGCCUUUUUCCUGGCGCUGCCGGGGCUUGCCGAGACCGAGAAAAGGCGGGUGGCGUACUCUUCCUCUGCCCCGGAGGAGCUGGCGGCGAGCCUCGAGGAAGUGGUGGAGCACUAUUCCGCCGGGGACAAAGACCGGCAAUAGCCGCUAGGGGAAGAGCGGAGAAACCACGACUAGGAAUGGUGCCAAAGCCAAUCAAUCCACUACUCGCGUACCCACACCAUUGCUUUUCUGAAUGCUCCCUGGGAGGACUGCAAAAGACAGAAAAUCCUUGCUUGCCAAGGAGCGCUAAUACGUUCCGUUUAUAUCCGAAAUGCAAAGCCGUACACCGUAAAGAUAUAGGAACGAAGGUUUCUGGCGUUACUCUCUCGUCGUGUCAGAACAGCACAUGGUAAGGGUAUACGACGGAAGUGAACGCGUUUGGGAGCUUUCUUUGGGAGAAGAGCUCAUCGUCGAAAUGGAUCGUCACAUCGUACGCACCAUGAUUGACAAAUUCAUAAUACUAUUCAUUUCUAUCGUAGCUAGUUUAAGUAUUUUACUAGAAGUAAUAUUUCUUUGAAUUUCAGUUCCUUAGUUACCUUUACC